AUGGAUACUCAUGACAUUGGUCCAACCCCAGCAAACAAUGACGAAAAGUCUUUCACAUCUCAGCUUCUUGCAGAUCCUGAAAUCCCAACUCUGUUUGAACUGGAUGAUAGAGACGAUGAGGAUAUCAACUUGUAUGAGGAACUUGAUACAAGCUUCCACGAUCAACCCCGUCCAAGGGCCGAAGAUAAUGACGGUAUCCCAUUCAAAGUUAUUAUUCAUACAUCCGGAGUACACUAUCUCCCCGUUCGGACUUGUACUUGCCGAUCUGCCGUGCUGCCUUUGGAUUUGCAAUAUCUGGAAAUGGGUCUUUUUGCUACUAGUUUCCAGAAUAUCCGAAUCUUGUUUACUCUGGAUUUGCUGGAGGAUUUUAGGAUUAUCAACCUUGAAUGCAAAAUCUUGGGCUAUCAAUAUUAUGAAAAGCUCAGACGCAUUACCUCUCCUUCAUUUUCCAAAAAGGUUCUGAACUGCUAUUGGGAACUGAAAAGGCUUAGUCGCCAAUACAGAAACCUUAUAUUGCACAAAAUACACAGUCAAGGACACUCUGAACAGGCUCUAAAAGCUUAUAUGGAGUUGAAAUACCCACAACAAGGCUCUGAAAUUCAUCCCAAUCAGGAACCUUUUGGCUCAAUAACACCUCCGGAAACAGAGCAAAUACGGAAUAAUUCUUCAUCCCGACAAUCGGAACCAAACGAAGUUCCCAAAUGGAAUGAUACAACAUCCCGGUUUGAAGUUGAUCCAGAUGAUUCUGACCCAAAUAAUAUGUCACCUGAACCUCCGUCCAGAAACGAGCUAGAUAAAAGAGGGUCCUUGAGAUUGUUCUGUCCAGCAUGUCUACAGCCAGGUGUUAACCUAUCUGAUGACUGGGUUCUUGAAGCUGAUAGUGAUAUCUAUAUUUGUAGCUAUGUGGCAAAUGGAAACUUCAAAGCCAAUCAUUUGAAUCAAAAAAACAAGGGAGACGACGUCUGGCUCAGUGUUGGAGAAGGUUUUAUGACCAAUCCUGAGCCAUACAAGGAGCAUAUAAAGGAAGCUAUUUUUCUGGCACCACGUUAUAAACGGGAACUAACUUGUCACAACUACCAUGCACAAAAAGCAGAGAAUAGAAUUAGCCCUGGAAAACGAGUUAGAGGAAUAGGCGCCCAUGCAUGUGCAAGACAUGGAUGCUUUUGUCCUAACAGUGUUGUUGAUUUUGACAAAGGAGAGAAGCAAAUGCACAUGGAUUGGUCCUUAACACAGAUGCACUGGCCCCCCUCUGUCAAAAUAAUCUUUGCUAUUGGUCUUUUCCAUGUCUAUAGGCAUAAAUCUGAAUGCUUGUACAAUUAUGCCUCAACCUACAUUCCGGGCGUUGGAAUUAUUGACGGAAAAAUAUUGGAACCUCUCUGGUCCAUCCUUAAUGAUACUUCCCAAAGUACUCGUUUGGCAACCACUGCACACCACGCUGAAGUUCUGGAUGACUACAUGGCUGCCACCAUAGCAGCCAAGUACAAGCGGGCCGUUGAACAGUCCGGUAUAACGGAAGCAUUCUACCAAAAUCUUAUGGAACAACAACCUCCCGAGCUAGUUGACACAUGGGAGCAAGAAAUCAAACAGGCCGAGUUUGAUCGGGAUCAAGGAGUAUCUGAUGCUAUGAGUCAAGUAAUGGCAAGCAAAGUAAAAACUGCUGCCGGAAGACAAGAAAUUGAAUUACAUCUUUCAAAUAUGGAGCUGACUUCCUCCGGAGCUACAGGCAAGGCUGCUUGGAUUUCAUCUGGCUUGAAAUUGGAACAAGCUCAAUUAGAGCUAAGAAGCCAUGUUCGCAAACUUGGAACUCAUCCAUCUACAGCUCAACAGCUCGAUUUGGCUUUCAGCCGUACUGCAUUGACAUUCUUGGGGGAAGAGGCUUUGGAGAGUAUUCAAGGAGUUAAUACCCCAGUUCUUAACAACAAAGUCAGCAAUGAUGAGAUAGCCGACAUUGGGAAUGUUAAUAUUACCUGGGCGGAUCCGGAACGGCAAUCUCUCCCGUUCCCAUCAGCACUGCUUGAUGAUUAUUUCCGAGAUCUUGAAGAAGGCAUGGCUCACCAACUUAAAGGGCUGCAAAAACUCAAGUUACGCAUUCGCCAGGGCCAUGCUGAAGAUUGUCUUGAGGCAGUUAGAUCAGCCCUCAUUCAGCUCUCGUGGAAAUAUAAAUAUCAAGUCCACAUGGCAGAUUCGGUAUACACAGGCACCUACGCAUGGGACGGAGUCAAACUGUUGAAUGCAUCUUGGAAAUUGCACAAAAAGAUUUACAAUGCAAACCGGAUAGCAAUGAUUUGCAUUGCCGGCCACUCCAAAGAGGAUAUUAUGCAGAUACGGAGGGAGUUUCCUGUUUUAUAUGACCAUGAUUGCAAGCACAGCGCGGCAAUUUUGUAUCCAAAUGUUUGGGGCGGCAGUUCCAACCGGCUUAGUUGGAUUUGGAGAUCCCGCCAAGGACUCAAUGCCGAUAACCAAUUAUACGUCAAUGAAUGGCUCAAAGAAACAGAUGGAAAGAAGAACUAUCCCUGA